GUUACCUCACAGCGGCCCUGCUGUCUUAUCAAUCUUUUGGCUUCUCGUCUCUGCUGAUGAAGUUGAUGUUGACCCGGGCUGAGGACACACACUGACAGAUAGUGCUGACUGUAGAGAUUGCUAUCUGGCUCCACUGAUGAUAUUACCCUCCUGUCCUCCAGGUCCAUGUGUGGUCAGUGAAGCCUGGAGAGCAGCAUGGAAAAGUGUCAGUUGAGGGCCUGGUUGAGAUGAGUGUCGCCUGUUCACCAUGUGAGCUCCACUGACAAACCGCUUUCUUCACACCAGACCUCAAUCGCAAUCACCAGCCAAUCAAAUGCACCCGGACAAUAAACUGGCCAAUCAUGGCAAGCAGGUCACCAGUGACAACCAAUCCCGAAUACCCAGUGUAAACCAGCAGGCCCAGCAGCAGCAGGGAGCCGCCGGCCACUUGGGUCCAAAGGGCGUUGGUGCCGGGAGCCAUGGAGUCAAAACCAACCAGAUUUCCCCCGGCAACCCUGGGCUGAAAGCAGUCAACCAAUCAGUAAGCAGUGUCGGAGGGAUGUUGAAAACCAAAUCCAAGCGGGAGCGGAGUGUCUCCAUGGACUCUGGUGAUUCCCGAAGUGCAGUUCCUCCAGCCCUUGAGACGGAUGCCAAAGGAGAAGGUGUGAUGCGCAGUAAGCGGCGCUGUGUUCUGGAGAAGAAGCAGCCAUAUAGUGGAGAUGAAUGGUGCUCUGGACCCGACACAGAAGAAGAUGAAGAUAAGCCACACACUGCGACUCACCGAGAGCGUGGGCUGGCAGGUCCUAAUCCAGGGCUUCCUGACCGCCUGUCCGCAGGGCCCAUAGCUGAAGCUGCACGGCCUGUCAUGGGAUGUGGAGUGGGACCCGGGCUGAAGACAGAGCAGCCUCAACCUUCGCAGCAAGUGGUGUAUGUUUUCACAACCAACCUCGCCAACAGUGCUGCAGAGGCAGUAUUCAAAGGACAGAGCGAUUCCAUCCUUCUGUUUCACCAGCAAAAUGUUUCACGCACCAAGUUGGAGCAGGGCCACCCAUCAGGGACGCUUCCUAACCUAUCUGAGAAGGUGCACUCCAGCAGCUCUCCACCCACAGGCACCCCUAAAUCCCAAGGUGGAACUCCACGGCCAGCCUCCGCAGGGAUUGGAGGCCCAAUGCAUCCUGCAGGGACACCCACAUCAGCAGGUCACUCCGACAAUGAAUCCUCUCGAACCAGACCUGGCGAAGGCUCAGGCAAUAACAGCAUUGUUGUCCAAAGGUCAGAGGGUGGGGUCACAGCCACACCCUCAGGCCCGGUCCCAGGAACCGGCAAUGGGGAGGGUGCAGGGGGUAUGUGUCUUCCACUUGCUGCUGUUUCCCCCUCCGGAAGUCCCUCCAUCCUUUCUGCACACCUACUGGGAGAUAUAGGCCAGAGGAUUGGCCCAGUGAACAUGGAUGGUCUUUCAAAAGAACAGUUGGAACACAGGGAGCGCUCUUUGCAGACGCUGAGAGACAUAGAGAGGCUGCUUCUGCGCAGUGGGGCAAGUGGAGGCCCCGGAGGCCCCGGAGACCCAGGAGGCCCAGGAGGCCCCAACAACAAUACUGGUAAUAACUCUUCCAACUUAAAUAAUAACAACAAUACUGAUAGGAGUGGUAUUCUCGACGGCCGUGACAAUGGUACUAAUAGUUCUGGAAACUGCAGUAGUGGUAAUAUGCUAGCAUCAGCUUUGGGUCCGAUGGGAGGGAUGAAGAAAUAUGAAGAACCCCUCCAGUCCAUCAUAUCCCAAACACAGACCCUUGCUGGACCAACCCUUGACAGCCCUCAAAUGGACUCUCAUCACAACCUACAGCAACACCCCCAUCACCAGCUGUCUUCACCUGGGCUCGACAUGGGUCCCUUACUCGGACCAGAUGGGCUGACCCCAGAGCAAAUAGCGUGGAGGAAACUUCAAGAAGAAUACUACCAUGAGAAGAGACGUCAACAGGAAGUACAACCCCCCACACAUCCACAGCACUUUAGAAUGAUGAAUGAGAUCGGCAUGCAUGGAGGUCCCAUGAUGAUGAGAGGACCCCCUCCUCCCUACCACAGCAAGCCUGGAGACCAGCAGUGGGGUCCUGGCAACAUGAUGGGAGGAGGAAAUGCACGAAUGAUAGACAUGCACCAAGAAGGACCCCGUGGUCCAAGGUUCCUGGGACAGAUGCAGAGAGGGCCCCCUGGGGGAGGUGGUUUUCCUGGUAGUAAAGGGGGAGUUUUGUCAGUAGAAGGUCUAGGACCUCAAAGGCCCGCCAGGCCAGGGAUGAUUUGGCUCGAAGAUAUGCCCAACAACAUAGGUGGUGGAGGAGGUCCAUUUCAGGGCUGCUACCCUGGGGGGCCUCCUCAACACUUGCAAGGUGACACAGAACAUCUGUUAACGCACGAGGAAAUGUUUCGCCUGAUGGAGAAACGUCAGAUGCAGGGGCUUCCCAGGUUUGAACUUGAAAGAUUAAUCAAACAGCAGCAACAGGGCAACCUGGCCCAAAGAAUAAUGGAUAAUCCCGGGGGCCCAGAAUUUCACAAUUUGGGAAUGGGCCGGGGUCCCCCCUCAUCUCGAGGUGAUCCCAUGGACUUUCCUGGAUCACGGGAGAUUAUGGUCUCUCCUGGAGGGGGUCCGCAGAUGAGAGACCUUGUGGAUUCUCCUCUGGGGGGCAACCACCCAAUGAACAUGAACCAACAGAUGAAUGUUCAGCAGCAACAGCAGAUGAUGCUCUCUCAGAAGCUAAGAGGGGGUCCUGCAGGUGGGGGGCCUUUAAGUGAGAUGUUCAUCCCCGGAGAGCUUUCACGAAUCAGGGCUUCACAGAACGGAAGAGGGGGAAAUAAGGGAAUGAUUCCGGGACCUGACGGCCACUUUCAGUUUCCGAAUCACAGUCCCUUCUCCGGAGGUCAGGGGGACGGGCCUUAUCUUCAACAACCUGGCCAUGAGAUGUUUGGGCCUGACCCCCAAGGUCAUAAUCAAAUGGGAGGUACAUCGCGGCUAAGUCAUAUGCCCAUGAGUGGAGGCCUCAGGGGGGUAGACCUCGGUCCUAGGCACCCUUCUGACCUACCAAUCAAUGUUAACCCCCUGACCUCUCCUUCAGUGCCUCGUCCUCAUCAGCUCAAGUCUCCAUCUCUCCACCAAGAGCCAUCUCCUCUCCUACCCUCCCCCUCCGCUCCAGGACUGAAGUCCCCCUCACAGAUCUCCUCUGUGGGGCAUCAUCCAAAUCUUCCCCCUGCCUCUGGAGCUGGGACUCCUUCCUCUUCUUCCAUGAAGUCUCCCCAGAUAAUGGGGUCUUCCAACCUUGGAUUGCACUCUCCAUCUGCCUCUCCUGGACAUCUCAAAUCCCCUGCUAUGGCUGCGGGGUCUCCAGGGUGGGCUUCCCCUAAAACGGCUCUUCCAAGUCCAGGUGGUCCAACCAGUGGGAAGGUAGUGGGCAAUGGAGGAAGUAGUUCCACUGAGACAGGUCAAUCACUUCCCCCCAGGAGUUCCAACUCGACACCCAUUAGCCAGCCAGGCUCUAUGAAUCCUAGCAUACCAUUUACUUCCUCUCCCGAUAACCCCCCAACUCAGAAUCCUUUAUCUCUUAUCAUGUCUCAGAUGUCCAAGUAUGCCAUGCCCAGUUCUACUCCUCUUUACCACGAUGCAAUCAAAACAAUUUCCACUUCCGAUGAUGAGAUGCUUCCAGAUCGACCUCUUCUAUCUGGUGUCAGCAUUGGAGGAAACAUGGGGAACAGCCAGGCCUCCCAGAUGCUUGUCUCCCAGUGCUCCAUUGGCUCCCACAGUGAUCCACAAAGCCCCAUGGGUAUUGUAAGCCAAGGUCAGCAACACCUGUCUCAUGAUGCCUCCGGACCUAUGCUUUCUUCACCAAAUCCAAUGGGUAUGCCUGCCAUGAAUUCGGCCAUGAUGGGAGGAGGGGCCCCUGACGGAAUGGGGCCCUGCAAUGUUUCACCUUUAUCUCAGAACCAGAUGGCCGGUUUCUCUCGCAUCCACCAACAACCUCAUGGGCCCAUGCACUCACCCAUCGGAGGAAUGUCACAUCAUUUCCAUCAGUCUAAUGAGGAUAUUCUGUCACCUCAGCAGUUACACCUGCUUAGAAAAGGUCAUCCUCACCAGCGGCCCCCACAUCCCUCUGACUCAUUCGCCUCUUUGCCCAUGGGGGACGGCACUGAUCUAAGUGAUGUUAUGCGAACCAGUCAUACGGGUAUCCCUGAGUUUGAUCUCUCCCGCAUCAUUCCUUCUGAUAAGCCCAGUAGCACUCUUCAGUAUUUCCCUAAGAUCGAGCCACAUCAGAAUCCACAUCAGGGGCCACAAGCUACUUCACAGCAGCUCCUCAAACAGCUGUCUUCUGGCCCUCCACAUGGCGGCGGUCAUUCAUCCAACCCCCAUUUAGCCAACCUGCAGAAUAUGAUGGCCGAACAGCAGCUGGCGCCUCACCCCUCACAUGUUGGAAUACGCCAUAACAUGGGUAUUCCUCAUGGUGGAUCUAGAGGGAUGGUUCCUGGGGGUGGCAUGGGCCCCAUGUGCCCUCCUGGACAUAUGAUGGGAAGGACAGGCAUCGGGCCCCAGCAGCAGCUCCAGCAUCAGCAAGCCAUGAUGGCGAACAGCCUUCUCCACCAUCCAUCCAACCCUUACCCUGGCAUGAUGUCGUCUCAGCAGCACUCACACAAUCUGAUGGCACAGCAAAACAUUAUGAUGAUGCAGGCUAAGCAGCGCGGCAUGUCACUUCCAGGGGAUCCCUUUGGCCCCCAGGGUCCUCUUAUGUCCCCUCAGGGUCCCAUGAUGGCCCCAAACCACCCACAGGCUGGUAUGAUGGGCCCCCAGUCUCUCAGACAGCGGGGAAUGUCUCUAGACGGUCCCCUUGGCUAUGGCCCCGGAGGUAUGGCCAAUAUGCCAUUCUGAUCCAGUUCAAAUAAACUAUCAAAAUCAACAAAAAACAAAAAAAACAACAACGUCGACUAGGUCACCUUCCCAUUGUGUAGAAUUAUUUUCAUUAAUGUUAUUCUUGCAGUUAUUUCAAAAAGAGGAUCUGUAAAAACGUUAAAUCAUUUUGGAUUAUAAAUUAAAUGAAAUAUUUAAAAGCACUGUAACACGAUUCAAUGACAAAUCUGAAGCCAUUUUCUAAAAUACUGUAAAAUAUGUAUAUUUCAAAGAUGUGUGUAUUUGUUGUUGGAACAGAGUGGCUUUCAGGAGAGGAGUGCCUCAAAUUUCUAUUUGUUUUAAUACCAUUGAUUUAUUUUCUCCAACUACCAAACUGUUGUGCAAAGGAACUAUAUAUGUGUAUGCAUAUACAGUAUAUACGGUAUAGAUAUACAGUGUAUACAUG